CAACACAUGGGGGGCGGAAAGCAGCACAGAGGGCCUUUCCAGGGGGUCCGCGUGAAGAACUCGGUGAAGGAGCUCCUGCUGCACUUCAGGAGCAGCAAACAGAUGUCCUCGGGCUCUGCCGCGGAGGAAGGCAAGGCACAAGGAGGAUUGGUGAACUACGAGCAGUACACAGAGCUGAAGAACAUACUAGGUCACAGUGGCAAAAGAAAGGCUCCUGAGCUCCUUUCUGAUGGACCUUCUUUCAAACGCCAAGCUAAUGUUCACCCACACCUCCUGACACCACCUCAAACACCAACUUCUAUGGAUAACAUGGAGGAGACUCAUAAAAACGACCCAAAGCACGACAGCAACUCUGAUCUGCUUCAGAACAUUAUAAACAUCAAGAACGAGUCGAGCCCCAUUUCUCUGAACACAGUGCAGGUUAGCUGGUUGCACACUGUCUCCAGUCACAGCUCGCCUGGUGACCAGUACCAGGACAGCCCGGGAACACAGGGUUUCUCCCCAUCCCAGAAGUACCAGGCAUUCCAAGAUCACACCUCCCAGCAUAUGCUUGAUCCACCGCAGCAUUACCAGUUCCCUCCGUCCCAGAACCCAGAUUUGUCACAGAGCUAUCCUUCAGAUGCCUCCCUGGAGUACAGACCGUUUGCUGGCAAUGACCAGUCUCCUGGCUACCAGCAGAAUACCUUUGAGAGCCAUGAACUGCAGUAUUGCCCAUCACAGAGCUUCUCCUCCCUAUUGAACGACUCGGAAGGCUCAGAGGGCAUCUCCGCUCCCCUUCAGCCACUGACUGGUGCCCACCCACCAGCUGAUGUUGGACCCCAAGCUCCAAACUUCAGCUUGCUUUCCAGUAACGUCUGUGGUGGUCUGGAGCGCAGCGUCUCUUUGGCUGCUUUGAAUGUCUCUCUACCUGACCAAAACAUUGCCAGAAGCACGACGCAGCUGGGCAAGUCAUUUUUUCAAUGGCAAGUGGAACAGGAGGAAAACAAACUGGCUAACAUCUCUCAAGACCAGUUCCUUGCAAAAGACUCGGAUGGAGACACCUUCCUUCACAUUGCUGUUGCCCAGGGCCGACGGGCACUCUCCUAUGUUCUUGCGAGGAAGAUGGCUGCCCUGCACAUGCUGGAUAUUAAAGAGCACAAUGGCCAGAGUGCUUUCCAGGUUGCUGUGGCUGCCAAUCAGCAUCUCAUUGUGCAGGAUUUGGUUAGCUUGGGGGCUCAAGUCAACACCACGGACUGCUGGGGUAGAACGCCGUUGCAUGUUUGUGCUGAGAAGGGGCAUGCCCAGGUCCUUCAGGCAAUUCAAAAGGGAGCCAUGGGAAGCAGUCAGUAUGUGGACCUCGAGGCAACAAACUAUGAUGGUUUGACAGCGUUGCACUGUGCUGUUCUGGCCCAUAAUGCUGUGCUGCACGAACUGCAAAACAGUCAGCCACCUCACUCCCCUGAGGUUCAGGAGCUGCUGCUGAGAAACAAGAGCCUGGUGGAAACCAUCAAGACUCUGAUACAAAUGGGAGCCUCUGUUGAAGCGAAAGAUCGCAAAAGUGGUCGCUCAGCUUUGCAUUUGGCAGCGGAAGAAGCAAACCUGGAGCUCAUUCGUCUCUUUUUGGAGCUGCCCAACUGUCUCUCUUUUGUUAAUGCAAAGGCUUACAAUGGCAACACGGCGCUGCACGUGGCUGCCAGCCUGCAGUAUCGGGUGAGUCAGUUGGAUGCUGUGCGCCUGCUGAUGCGAAAGGGAGCCGAUCCAAGUGCCAGAAACUUGGAGAAUGAGCAGCCAGUUCAUCUGGUUCCUGAUGGCCUUGUAGGAGAACAGAUAAGACGUAUCCUAAAAGGGAAGGCGAUUCAGCAGAGAGUGUCGCCGUUUUAAAGCUCCAUGUUUCUUGGAGUCAACUCACACUCACUGUCAGUCAGGCAGUCCUAAUGUAUCUGUAAAUAGACCAUUUGCCUGGUGUGGGCAAAUGUUAGUUGUUUCUAUGAAACAAAAGUAUUUUGUUCACUAUCAUAUAGUGGGUUAUAUAAGAGUAAAAAAAAUAAAACCAAAACCCAACAAUCAAAUUCCUCUGAGCAAA